UCAACUUCCUGUGUCACGGGGUAUCUGGGAGACGGAGAGAAAAAGCGGGCACACGGACAUCUGUGUGGUUUUCUGUCGCUGUGCACCAUCUCAGCACCUCCAAGUUUGGCUUAUAAAGCCGCAGAGCUGCACCCAGAGGGCCUGCGACCCGCCGGGAUCCGCAUUCGGCUCGGAAAAGACUCAUUCAUUCACUCAUUUGUACUCGCUAAGCUAGCUAGCUGAGCGGCUAACCCAGGCCCGUUCCGUUAGCCAGUUAGCAGCAUUAGCACGCUAACCCAUGCGUUUUCUUUCUCUGUGAUUCUCGCCGUUAUCGCGUUGUAAACAAACACCGCGACGCUGGUGUGUGUGCCGGUCGGCAGUUUUUGGUAAUCGUGUCUGUAAGCGAUCCGCUAGUUGAAGCUAACUCGCCGGAGCUCCAUCGGUGAAGCGCUUUUAAAAGUCUGGUUGACUUUGUUGCUAGCUGCUAGCCGCCGACUGAACAACGCAGAGCCCGAGAGCCGAGCAGCUCCUCCGCCCGCCGAGAGAUGUCGGACUUCGACGAAUUCGAGAGACAGCUGUCCGAAAACAAGCAAGCUGAGCGGGACAAGGAGAACCGCCACCACCGCCGCUCCUCCUCCCGCAGUCGCAGCAGAGAGAGGAAGAGGAGGAGCAGAGACCGCGACAGACGCAGCCGAGACCGCAGAGGGGACAGUAAGGAGCGCAGACACAGACGCAGCUCACCAUCCAGCUACCCCCAGGACAAUGCUGGAAGCCGCUCUCCUCACCGCGAGAAGAAGAAGAAGGUGAAGAAGUACUGGGACGUCCCUCCGCCUGGUUUUGAACACAUCACGCCCAUGCAGUACAAAGCCAUGCAAGCUGCAGGCCAGAUCCCAGCCACAGCCCUCCUGCCAACCAUGACCCCAGAUGGCCUGGCUGUUACUCCCACACCUGUACCUGUAGUGGGCAGCCAGAUGACCCGGCAGGCCCGCCGCCUCUAUGUGGGAAACAUCCCCUUUGGUAUCACAGAGGAGUCGAUGAUGGACUUCUUCAAUGCCCAGAUGCGUUUGGGUGGUCUUACUCAGGCCCCUGGAAACCCUGUCCUCGCAGUACAGAUCAACCAGGACAAGAACUUUGCCUUCCUCGAGUUCCGCUCAGUGGAUGAAACAACACAGGCCAUGGCCUUCGACGGCAUUAUCUUUCAGGGCCAGAGCCUGAAGAUCCGCCGUCCCCACGACUACCAGCCGCUGCCCGGCAUGAGCGAGAACCCCAGUGUCUAUGUGCCUGGUACACAGACAAUUAAUGGCGUGGUGUCCACAGUGGUGCCCGACUCGGCUCACAAGCUCUUCAUCGGCGGUUUGCCCAACUACCUGAACGACGACCAGGUGAAGGAGCUGCUGACGUCGUUCGGCCCUCUGAAGGCCUUCAACCUGGUCAAGGACAGUGCUACAGGCCUCUCCAAGGGUUACGCCUUCUGUGAAUACGUCGACGUCAACCUCAACGACCAGGCUAUCGCUGGACUGAACGGCAUGCAGCUGGGAGACAAGAAGCUCCUGGUGCAGAGAGCCAGCGUGGGAUCCAAGAACGCCACCCUGACCAGUAUAAACCAGACCCCGGUGACGCUGCAGGUCCCGGGCCUGAACAGCUCCGUCACCCAGAUGGGUGGUCUUCCCACCGAGGUGCUCUGCCUGAUGAACAUGGUGGCGCCCGAAGAGCUGCUGGACGAUGAGGAGUACGAGGAGAUCGUGGAGGACGUCCGGGACGAGUGCAGCAAGUAUGGCCAGGUGAAGAGCAUUGAGAUCCCGCGACCCGUGGACGGCCUUGAAGUACCUGGAACCGGCAAGAUCUUCGUGGAGUUCACGUCGGUGUUCGACUCCCAGAAGGCCAUGCAGGGUCUGACAGGACGGAAGUUUGCCAACAGGGUGGUGGUGACCAAAUACUGCGAUCCAGAUGCCUACCACCGCCGGGACUUCUGGUAGAGGAGGCCCCGAGGAGACGUGGGAGGGGGGUGGGAGCGACGACGUUGGGUGGGGUUGGGGCGGUUCAUCGCCGCCCGUUUCCAAACCGACCUCCAGAUCCGACAUUUGGUUCGGAUCCGUCGGCGGCUCGGUUCGGACGCCGGCGGCGAUGUUUGAGAAAUGUGUGUAAUAACGGGUCGGGGAGGGGCGACGACUUUUCUACUUUAUGAGAUGUUGUUUUGGGGAGGGACGGGGGGAGCCGGCCGGAGGUUUGUAUUUAAACGGAGGGAGAACGUUAGUAGACGGAGGGCGUUUCUGUUCUGAUGUAGAUACUCGGUAGCUGUAACAUCCACUGGGGUUAGAGGAGGAGAACCUUCCUGGAUUCUUUCUGUCCUUUCCUUUCCUUCCUUCCUUCCUUCCUUCGACCGGUUGGACUCUCUCUGAAUGUCAGCUGUAAUUGUUCUGAUUCUGUGUGUAGCUUCACUGAUUAAUCUCACCGUGUGUUCAGGCCGCAGAGCAACAGGAAACAUUCUUUUUCUACCUUCUGUUGCCUUUUAUUUCCAUCUUUUUUUUAAUUAAACACCCCGAUUUAAAUUCAAAGGAAGCUGAGGAGAGGGUUCAUCUCUUCCUUUACCAACGAGCCUUAACGUUUGGAGAAAUUUGGCCGCCGCCCCUCGAUUAUCUGUCUCCGUGUGUCUCGUACUUGAGCCGUUUUAUUCUCCGGUCGUCUUUUUUUCUCGUGCAACGUCUCACCUCUUUGACCAGACCAAAUAAAACUCACCACUAACACCCUGCAGAGGAAUCUCGCUGAACAUCGCUAGUUUCUGUCCACGGAAAUGUCGCUUUUUUUUGUAGAAUUGAUGAAUAAACGGAACCCUGCGGAGUCAAACGCCCGGAGCUGUCGUGGUUUUCUGUCUCCUGUCCGAGUGUUUGGGUUUAAAUCCAGAUUUCUGACUGUUUCCAUGGUUAUUUUUUCCAUUUUUCUAAACUGUCGGGUCUAAAAUGUUGAAAUUGGUAUGUUUUUUUUGAGGAAAAUGCAGCUUCUGUCUCAUGCAGGAGUUCUCUGCAUCAACUGUUCUACCUUUAUAGUGGACUAGAACCUGAUAGAACAUAGAGGGAACCAACAGGAACAUCUGGGAUGAAGAAAAAGACGCAUUAUGACUAAGUUUGGACAGUAAAAUGUGAAAUAAAACAAAAAUGGUUAAAAUCCAUCAUUAAUGUCUCAUUUUAAUGUUUAGUCUCUUGUUUAUGUCAUUUCCAGCCAGAAUAAACCUGUUCUAUGAAUAAAAUUCACUAUAAAUCCAAAUUUGAUACAAAGAGGAACAAUUUUGUAUCUUUUUUGGGACUGACUAUAAUUUCAAGGAAUAUGACCAACUUUGGACAGUAAAAUGUGAGGAAAAACAACAUAGAAAUAACAAAUUCAUCAUUAACGUCUAUUUUUACUGAGUUUUGUCUCUUGUUUGUGUCAUUUCUAGCCAGCAGAAACCUGUAGAUCAAAUAAAAACUCACUAUAAAUGAAAAUUUGGCAUCACAAGGAACAAUUUUGUGUCUUUUUUGGGACUAGAAAUGUAAAAACUACAUUUAAAUAAUACAAAUCCAUCAUUAACAUGUCAUUUUACUGAGUUUUUUCACUAGUUUUUGUCAUUUCCACUCAGAAUAAACCUGUUCUACAAAUAAAAAUCCACCAUAAAUGUAAAUUUGGCACAAAAAGGAGUAAUUUUAGAGCAUUUCUAGGACUAGAACUGACUGGAGAACGGCUGCAUUUUGCUCAAAAACUGACAGAAGUUCAAAGUUUCUUUGGAUGUGGUAUUUUUCGUAAAAAUGCAAAAAAAAAAUAAUCUUCAUUUUUCUUUUUAUCGUUUCGUUAAACGGCUUUUUAAAAAUCCAUAACGUCGCCUCUGUCGUCCUGCAGAGAAAUCUCGCUGAAAUCGAUUGUUUCUGUCCACAGAAAUGUGUUUUUUUUGUAGAAUUUGCCGGAUCGACGCCCGGAGCUGUUUGGGUCUAAAUCCAGAUGUUGGAUUCUUCAUCCUGAGGACCACAUGAAGGGAGACGGCGUCGCUGAUAAACACUUUCUGGAGAAAACAAAUCUGCUCUUUCGUUUCCUUUUUCUCUUAUCGGGGAUUAAAUGUGAUUUGUUAGAACCCUGAAGGCCACCGCUAGUUUCUAAAAGCAGAAGCAGUCUUUAUUUGUCCCAUUUGUUUUCAGAUGUUGAUUAAAAACUGAAUUUACACGA